GCUCGCACAGACCCGAUCGCACGCCUUUUAUUUUUACGCACAGAGGAAUAAGCAUGAUCAAGAAAAUGACGCCGUCCGAGAGCGAUUUUGACAUCCCGGCUAAGAACUGCUACAGGAUGGUGAUUUUGGGCUCCACGAAAGUCGGAAAGACCGCCAUCGUGUCCCGGUUCCUGAACGGCCGGUUCGAGGAGCAGUACACGCCGACCAUCGAGGACUUUCACAGGAAACUGUACAGCAUCAAGGGAGACGUUUACCAGCUGGACAUUCUGGAUACAUCGGGGAACCACCCUUUCCCGGCCAUGAGGAGGCUUUCUAUACUGACAGGCGACGUUUUCAUCCUCGUCUUCAGUUUGGACAACCGGGACUCCUUCCAGGAGGUCCAGCGGCUCAAGCGGCAGAUAUACGAGACCAAGUCGUGCCUGAAAAACAAGAUCAAAGAGAACAUCGACGUGCCUCUGGUCAUCUGCGGCAACAAGGGCGACAGGGAGUUCCACCGGGAGGUGCAGCAGGAGGAGAUCGAGCAGCUGGUGGCCGGAGACGACCAGUGCGCCUACUUCGAAAUCUCCGCCAAGCGCAACGAGAACGUGGAUAAGAUGUUCCAGACUCUGUUCGCGCUGGCCAAGCUGCCGCACGAGAUGAGCCCCGACCUCCACCGGAAGGUGUCCGUGCAGUACUGCGACAUGCUGCACCGCAAGUCGCUGAAGAACAAGAAGCUGAAGGACAUCGGGGAGGCGUACGGCGUGGUGACGCCGUGCGCCCGGAGACCGAGCGUGCACAGCGACCUCAUGUACAUCAAGGAGAAGGCCAUCGGCGGCGGGCAGGGCAAAGACAAAGAGAGGUGCGUGAUCAGCUAAAGCGGACCCGCGAAGGAACAGACUAGACAAGAAUCUUUGAAGCUUGAAGCCUCAGUUUGAGGGGGCGACCCGCGCGGCCGGAAUGCGCUCAGGCUCCCGGCGUGAUGUUUGGAGACGCCGAUGGCGCGCGAGCGCGCUCUUUACGCAGCAAGGACACUGACUGGACACCCCAAGUCCACUUUCACCGACUGCCCGCAAGACAUUUGAGAACGUCCGCUCGUUCCGUCAGUCAGAGCCCAGUGUGUGACGUGGCUUCAUCGCUUGUGAGACUCGCGCACCGAAGCGUAAAAAUGUGUUCUGUCCACGCUUUGACUUUUGAAGAAAAAAAAAAGAGACAGUUGGCCCAGGAGGUGCAACGUUAGCUGACAAAUGUUUACAUUUUAGCCUAGGUUUUAUAUCACUACUAAGUACACUUGAAUGUUUUUUUGCUGUAAUAAUUAUUUUUAUUGCAAAUGUAUUAUUUAUUGCCAGUGUCAUUUUGUUCUCUUCUUUUUUUUUGCAAUGAAGAAAAUCUCAAAAUGAAAUAAAAAAUAUCAAAAUCUAA